AUGCCUCCAAAAAAAAACAAACGUGAUAGUACCGCCAAGGGCGGUACUGCUAAGGGUAGUAACAAGAGUUCAGAAAAGAAAUUUGAAAAAGCAGAUUGGAAAGAGAAAUUUAGUAAAAAACAAGUUGGAGUCUCUGACAUGACUAUGUUGAGCAAAGUUAAUAAUGAUGCGAUUAACGAAAAUUUGAAGAAAAGAUUCGAAAAUCAUGAGAUUUAUACAUAUAUUGGACAUGUGCUAAUUAGUGUUAACCCAUUCAAAGACUUGGGUAUUUAUACAGAUCAAAUAUUGAAAAGUUAUAAUGGAAAAAACUUGCUCGAAAUGCCGCCUCAUGUGUAUGCAAUUGCUGAAUCGACUUAUUACAACAUGAAUAGUUAUAAAGAAAAUCAGUGUAUAAUUAUCAGUGGUGAAUCUGGUGCCGGAAAAACUGAGGCUGCCAAAAGAAUUAUGCAAUACAUUGCAACUGUAAGUGGUGGAGCAUCAUCUCAAAUUAAGGAGAUUAAAGAUAUGGUUUUGGCCACAAAUCCUUUGUUGGAAAGUUUUGGAUGUGCUAAAACUCUUCGUAAUAAUAAUUCAAGUCGACAUGGGAAAUAUUUGGAAAUUCAAUUUAAUUCUCAAGGAGAACCUGUUGGCGCAGUUAUUACCAAUUAUUUAUUAGAAAAGGGUCGCGUUGUUGGGCAAAUUGACAAUGAGCGCAAUUUUCAUAUUUUUUAUCAAUUCACCAAGGCAGCUUCUCCUGAGUACAAAGAACAAUUCGGAAUAGAAGGUCCUGAAAGUUAUUUGUAUACUUGCAAAAGUGGAUGCCUAGAUGUUGAUGGCAUUGAUGAUUCUAGUGAUUAUUCGGAAACUUUGGAAGCGAUGAAUAUUAUUGGUCUGAAACAAGGUGAACAAGAUGAUAUCUUUAGAAUGCUGGCAAUUAUUUUAUGGCUGGGAAAUGUACAAUUUGAGGAAGGAAAGGAUGGAAAUGCCGCUAUUAGCGAUGAAGAUGUUACAAAUUUUAUCGCGUACAUCAUGGAGGUUGAUGGUGACAUUCUUAUUAAAGCAUUGACUUGUCGUACCAUUGAAGCAUCUCGUGGCGGACGUCGAGGCUCAGUAUACGAUGUUCCUUUGAAUACAGUACAGGCAUCAGCUAUACGUGACGCCCUUGCAAAAGCAAUAUACAAUAAUUUAUUCGAGUGGAUUGUAGAGCGGGUCAAUUCUGCCUUAAGAUCCCGUACUGCAGCAUCUUAUGUUAUAGGAGUAUUAGAUAUUUAUGGUUUUGAAAUCUUUGAAGAAAACAGCUUUGAACAAUUAUGCAUUAAUUAUGUCAAUGAAAAGCUUCAGCAGAUUUUUAUUGAACUUACUUUAAAGACUGAACAAGAAGAGUAUGUUAAAGAAAAAAUUAAGUGGACUCCUAUUGAAUUUUUUGAUAAUAAAAUUGUAUGUGAUUUAAUUGAAGGGAAACGUCCACCUGGUAUAUUCGCAGCAUUGAAUGACGCUUGUGCUACAGCACAUGCUGAUUCUGAGGCUGCUGACAAUUCAUUUGUUCAAAGAUUGGGUUUCCUGAGUUCAAAUCCACAUUUCGAGUCUAGAGGCAGCAAGUUCUUGGUGAAACAUUAUGCCGGGGAUGUUUUAUAUACAAUAUCAGGUAUGACUGAUAAAAACAAAGAUCAACUAGUAAAAGAUUUGUUGGAAUUAAUCGAAAGUAGUGGAAAUAAAUUUGUGGGACGACUGUUUCCAAAUAAAGUUGAUCGUGACAGUAAAAAGAGACCUCCUACUAUUGGGGACAAAAUUAAGUCAUCAGCAAAUGCUCUAGUUAGUAAUUUAAUGCAAGCUCGUCCAUCGUAUAUUCGAACUAUAAAACCAAAUCAAAAUAAAAGUCCAUCAGAAUAUGAUCAAAAAAUGGUACUACACCAAAUAAAAUACCUUGGGCUUAACGAAAAUAUUCGAGUAAGAAGAGCAGGGUUUGCUUAUCGGCAAACCUUUGAAAAGUUUUUGGAAAGGUUCUAUUUAUUAUCGAAAAAAACAUCAUAUGCUGGUGAAUAUAUUUGGCAAGGUAUCUCGAAAGCUGGUGCUGAACGAGUUUUAAAAGAUUGUGGGAUCGCUACUGAAGAAUGGCAAAUGGGUGUCACCAAAGUUUUUAUUAGACAUCCUGAAACGAUUUGGGCACUUGAACACCUUAGAGAUCGAUUUUGGCAUAACAUGGCGUUAAGAAUUCAACGUGCUUAUCGUAACUAUGUUCGUUAUAAAAAUGAAUGUGCCACACGUAUACAACGAUGCUGGAAAAAGAAUAAGGAUCAAAUCAUAUAUGUUCAGCUACGUGAUCGUGGACAUCAAAUAUUAGAUGAAAGGAAGGAACGACGAAGGUUUAGUCUGUUAAGUAUGAGAAAAUUUAUGGGAGAUUAUUUAUUUAUUAAUGUACCUGGGGGCAGUGGUGAAGCAUUGAGGAAUGCCUGUGACAUUGGAGAUAAUGAAACUGUGACUUUCAGUAGUAAAAUUCAACUUCUUGUUGCCCGUUUCGGGAGAGCUAGCAAACCAAGUCCAAGAAUGUUAAUUAUGACCAACAAAGCUCUAUAUAUUGUUAUUUCAACACUUGAAAAGAAGUUACUGACAAUGAGCGUUGAAAGAAAAAUUUCUCUCGUUAUGAUUAAAGGUGCUAGUUUAUCGCAUUUACGAGAUGAUUGGGUGGUAUUACAUAUUGAUAAUCCAACCAAAGAAUUAGGAGAUUUAAUAUUUUCAUGCCUUUUCAAGACUGAAUUUGUAACGCACUUGACAGAACUUAAAGGGAACCGAUUUGAUGUUAAAAUUUCAGAAUCAAUUGAAUACACCAAGAAAGUUAGCAAAACAGCUACUAUGAAAUUCAUUAAAGACGAAAAUGUUAAAGAUGAUGUUUAUAAAAGUCAUACAGUCACAGUAUGUUCUGGAGAACCACCAAAUAGUUUAUCAGAUCCACCUUGUCCAAGAAAAGAAUCAUCUUCAUCUAGUUCAAAAAAACCGCAAAAAGCUGGUAAAGCUACGAAACCUAAAGUAACCAAAACGCCAGCUUCGAUUAACGCCAAGAAAAAACCACAAACAGCAAAUGCAAAUAAACCAACAGCACCCGUAUCCACAACAAAUUCAACAGUUCGAUCAUCAGGAAAAAAACCAGCACCACCACCUCCUCCUCCGGUUGCAAAAUCAAAACAAAUGUAUAAAGCAAUUUACGAUUUUGCGACUGAUGAUUCUGGAGAAUUACCAUUUAACAAAGGAGAUGCACUAGAAAUUAUAGAAAAAGACGAUAAUGGAUGGUGGUUGGCAAAAAUGAAUGAUGAUCAAGGUUGGGUACCAAGUAAUUAUCUAGAAGAAAUCAAAACCGCGCCGGUACCUACAAGACGGAAUAAACCACCACCACCUGCAAUACCUACCAAGGCAACAAGCUGA